UCUUGAUGCUUAUCUCGACCUCCUUAUUAGCCCAAUAUUUAACAUAAAUUUUGGUAUGUAGAAACUCCAUCUUUACCAGCUUUCCCAUUGGCUCCCACGUCAACCAAUCACAAAACAACCAGAAUGUUUCAUCACAUUAAGAAGCACCUGCUAGUUUCUCACCCUCAAACUGCCCCCUCACAGCCUUCUACUAAAAUAUAUGCAUGGUACAGGGCCUGGUUGUAUUCUGAUCUCAAACACGAGCUAGGAUUCGCAGCUCUACAGAAGUCUACUUAAGCUGAAAGCCAAACGUUUAUUCACUGUCAAGUGUAUUGCAAGCUAAUCGCUCGUAUUUAACUUAAAAUGGGUUUGCAAGGCACUGGCUUUCUCCUCCAGUGUUACCUAAUGCUGGCAGUGGCCAUGUAUUUUGAUCUUGGGGAGCAAGAGGAAAAAUGCAUCAUUGAGGAGAUUCCAGAAAACACACUUGUGACAGGUCACUUCUUGAUGGAGCCUUGGGACCCGAAGACAUUCAGCCACUCUCCUCACUUUGGCGUCACUGUGAGAGUCAGAGACCCAAACUAUGAGGUGCAGAUGUCCAAACGCUAUGGAAAAUUAGGGAAAUUCACCUUCACAGCUCACGCCUCUGGUCAGCACUACUUCUGCUUCCAAACAAACUCCACAAGAUUUGCUGUCUUUGCUCAAGAUAAGGUGAAGCUACAUUUGGACAUUCAGAUGGGAGAGCACUUGACUGAUCCCAACACUGUCAAAGCCAAAGACCAUUUGCAGACUCUCGAGGACAGUCUCAUUCACCUUACAGAACAAAUGGUCUACAUCACAAGGCAACAGGAGUACCAGAGGGAGAAGGAGGAGGUGUUUCGUCAGAUCAGUGAGGAGACCAACAGCAAGGUGCUGUGGUGGGCCGUAGUGCAGACCUUCCUACUGCUGUCUGUUGGUUUCUGGCAGAUGAAACGCCUUAAAGACUUCUUCAUUGCCAAAAAACUGGUGUGAUAGAGCUGUAAUCUGUCAAGGAUACGCCUCAUAGUUCAUUCUUUCCAUUUUCUGUGUCCCACUGUGCCAUUGCCAGAAUUACUUUUGUAUGCAGCAAUAAAAAUGUUUCAGACCUAGAAAUAUGAAUUAAAAUACCAGUGUUUACCCAAUAGCAAAUGAGAUGGUACUGUUAAAGGGUAUUUAUGACUAGCAGAAU